AUUGAGUUUUAUGGCAUUUUGACAGUAAAAUUACACAGCCGAAAUGAAAUCCCGCAUCCGGGCUCGCCAUCUGCAGUAGCAUCGAAUAGCAACCAGGGAAUUGGAGGUUUGUGCAAAUGUUUUAGAUUUUAUUGUGCAUUUUAUAACACAUAUUUACUACUUUGAAUCGAUUGCAUUAGCGUUUGAUCUUCACGAGGAGCAUAAACGUCAAUUCAGUUAAACCAUUUUUUCAUAAGUCACUGGCUUACUUUCUUUUUAAUUGUUAAUUUAAUCGAUCAUCGUUAUCGAGCUGUCAGAAAUUAAUGCCACAAAACUAUUCAACCUCAGUGCACGUACUAGUGAAAACUGUGGUGACUUAUACAAUUAUCUGGUCAAAAACGUAGCCCUAGGAGGGAAACGACGGGUGCUGACAAUAACAGUAAAAAAAAAGAACCUGGUGGCAACAGAAGUCUAGCAGUAUCAUCAUGGGUUGUAGAUGUGCUGGUUUCAUGUUGGCACCCUAGACCUGUCAUUGCCAGCUGGCACAGCAUCAUGGACCCAGAUUUCUCUGUCACCAAUCCAGAGAAUAUUGACUGGGAUGCAACGGAUGAGGAUACUGCAAAUGCUCUGAAAGCACUGAAACCAAAAUCCAAGUAUGGUUUCUUUUCUAACAAAAUCCGUGGCACGAUCUCGGAGGAGAAGAUGUGCUCCAUGUUCUGUGGAGGACAGAAGUGCAAGUACGAAUCGGACACAUUCUGGAAAGAGGACGAGAUGGCAAUCACAGGGCUCUUUUCUCACUGGGUGACAGAAAAUAUUCUUGCCAUGGCUCGCCCUAACAGCACUAAUAUGCAGAAGCAUGAUCUUCUUGAAAAGUUUAAUGAUGCUGGCAUCAAGUCCAUUAUCAAUCUACAGAAGCCUGGGGAACAUGCAAGCUGCGGAUAUGGGUUGCAUAGUCUGGGAUUUUCAUACGACCCACAGGAGUUCAUGGACAAAGGCAUAUUCUUUUACAACUUUGGAUGGAAGGACUAUGGUGUGGCCUCCAUGUCUACCAUCUUGGACAUGGUGAAGGUGAUGCAGUUUGCAGUUUCCCAAGGCAAGGUGUCCAUACACUGCCACGCAGGGCUAGGGCGCACUGGAGUGCUGAUAGCCUGUUUUCUGGUCUUUAACAACAGAAUAGAGGCUGACGAAGCCAUCCAGUUUGUAAGAUUAAAACGUCCCAAUGCCAUUCAAACUUCCGGCCAGAUAAAGUGUAUUCAAGAAUUUGCUGAUUACUUGGUACCCAGAAGAAUAAUUUAUGCAACCCUGGGGUCAGAGGCUACAGAGUUCACCCUGGCAAAGUACCUCGUGAGGCAAAAACAGAUGUUACAUGGAUACGAGGCAAGAAAACUGAAACACAUUCCAAAGCCUAUCUAUGUCUUAUGUGAGCGACUCCUGGAGUUAGCAAACAAACGCAAGCGCCACCUGGAGGAAGCUUGUACCAAGACACACCACAUUGAAAAUUUAGACGUGAUCAAGGAGACGGCAUCAGAAGCAUUUGUCAAUGAAAGAGACACCAAGCUGCAAGCAAAUAACUCUGAUAAUAGCCUAGAUGCUAGUCUGGAAUGCAGUUCGUCACAGAGUGAUGAAAAUCGUAGUGGCAGUUUGAGCCCUACAUCAGGGGCUGAGAGUUUGAGUAAUGAGCCACAGGAGGAGGGAAGUGUUACAAAAGUUGUGGACGCCAUGACAGUAGCGGAACACCAGCAGACGGAUGUUACAAGUUCCGAGGAAUAUCAGCACCAACUGAACACAGUGGAUACAGGUUGGGAAAAUGUUUACAAAGAGUCCAACCCCUAUGUACUAGGGCACAUGCUGUGGAGCUGGAUAGACCACCUCAAGGAACCCAUUCUACGAAUCCAAGACUUAAAAUUGAUGUUACAGUACGUAGAGGAACCUUUAAAAGGGCUUACCACAUUAGAAAAGGGGCCAAAGCACACUUUAGAGUACUUGGCCAAAGUUGUCACUAGACUACGGCCGCUGAACGAGGAACAAGAACGCAACCUCCUACAACAUUUAAUCUCAGGACUGACCCAUCAGCCGGUCAUCAUGGAGACGGACAUCAGUGACCUUCACCAUCAGACACUGCGUCGCAGCUUGUCCACAGUGUCCAGUUUUAGCAGCUUCGCCUCCUUGAACGAAAUUGGAGAGAGCUCAGUUCCUAAGAUUGUGCAGUAUUUCUGGAACCUACUGGAUGCUGUACAAACAGAAAGUGAAAGUACAGGGGAGAAUGACCAAAGGAGGAGUGAUCUUGAAAACAUGGGAAAAACAAAGUUUGAUAUUUAGAAGGUUUUUGCCUGAGCAAGGGCCGUUAUGAAAAUAUAUGACAGAUGUGGAUCUUAUUUUACUGUUUUCCUCUCUCUGCAGGUGAUUAUGGAUAUAAAAAUUUGAUUACAAUUGAUUUUGAUGAUUUUUUCCUGCAGGGAGCAUAUAAAAUUGAGAAUACUGAACCAAAUUAGAGUAGAAAAUUAAACUUUUUCUUAUUGAUAUAACUUGUAAUUAUUUUCAAGUUUUGAAAACACUUCUGUGAAGGAGCUUUGUCUGUGACUUUGUCUAUGUUUUGCAGGUUGUGUAUUCAACCAGUAUAUUAUGUACAAGACCAAGUCAUACAGAACUUACUGAAUAUUAAUAUUUAGUCUUCAGGUUGCAAUAAUUUCAAAUGUCUCUUUGCAUGUGUACAAUAAUUAACCCCUUUUUUUCAAUGGGAAAAAAAAUCAAACUUUCAGAUGCAUAAUUUCAUAAUUACAAAAAAUUAUAUUUCUGUUUAUCAUUUGUGUUGCUUUUACUGGAUGGAAGCGAGUAGCCUGCUAUAUAGUUUUGUUGCUACCACUCAAUAUGAAUGUUCUAAUUUUCAAAAAAAUAUUACUUAAAAAUACAGUAACUGUAAAAUUAACAAUUUUCCCCCAUUGAAAAGAUUGAGUAAUUACCGUUCUCUUAGGCCUGGUGUAUUGUCUGUUCUUUGUUCAUAUAUCAUUUUUUAUUUUGAGAGUGCUGUGAUGAAAUUUUAGUUUGUAUGUGAUACUUCUUUAUUACAGAUUUUUAAAUGUCUUUUUUAAUAAUCACUCCUCACAUUCAAUAUCCAUUCAGUUGAAGAUGUGCUAUCACUUACAGUAUUUGUACAAAAAAAGGAAUGCAACAUGCUCAUUUUCGUAAUUCAGUAACCUAGGCAGCAGUUUUUCAAGUUUUUCUAUUUUUUUUUAUUUCUUUUUUUUGGCAUCAUCUGGGUAGCAUUUUCAAAAUGUAAACCAACUUACAGUUUCUCAUUUAAUGCUUAACUUUUUUUGGUAAACUUCUAACGGUUUAUGUUAGUACUUAUUUCAGCUAGGCAGUGUAUUAAAUACAUUGCCACAUGUUUCAGAAUAUUUUAUGAAAGGAUACUGUAAGUAAGGAAGAUACUUUUCAUAUGUUUUGUGUUAAAUACGACUACUGGGUAUUGAGGAUUAUUUGGUUUUGGAACUAAAACUGCAUUUCAGUCUGAAGAAUCAUCAUUCCAAGUUUGAGAAUAAUAAGUCACAUGGUUUUCCGUUUAUGGUGACCAGGGGCAGAUCCAGGAUUAUUUGAAAAGGGGGGUGGUGGUG